CGCCGCCGUCCGUGCUGUCGGCGCCUCCGCGUCCUUUCUUGUAGCUCGGCGUCCUCCCUCUUUCUGUCCCCGUCCUCCCUGGCUUCUCUGUUCGAGGUUGGAGUAGCUCGCCGCUGUGUUUCCGGUCGCCGUUGUCUCGACGGUCGCCGUCGUAUCGCCAGUCGCCGUCCGUGUCUCCGUCGAAGAGCUGAGAAGGAAAAUGGCAAUCUGAACCAGCAAAAGGAUUUCCGCAGCGUCAGCACCUGAUCACACUCGCAGGAUCAAGAAAACUAACUCUUUUUUCUGCCCUCUGAGGGGCUAGUGGCCCAUUUUACUUGGGCUAAUUCGUAGAAAGUUGGGUUUCGCAGACGAAACGGUGCGUUUAUACGCGUGACAAAGUAGCGGGAAAAGAGCUCUACAUAUAGCAGCUAAACAAGCAGAGUGCAGUGGAGUGGAGUGCCAACUGCGAAGAGAACACUGAAAGAGAAAAAAAAAAAAAUGGCGCCAAUCAUGCAAUCCUCUCAGCCUUGGGUCGAAAAAUACCGACCAAAACAAGUGAAAGACGUAGCUCACCAAGACGAAGUUGUUCGUGUCCUCACCAACACUCUUGAAACUGGAAGCUGCCCCCACAUGCUCUUCUAUGGACCCCCCGGCACCGGAAAAACAACCACUGCUCUUGCAAUAGCUCACCAGCUUUUCGGGCCUGAGCUUUACAAGUCUAGGGUGCUGGAGCUCAAUGCAAGUGAUGACCGUGGGAUUAAUGUUGUUCGCACCAAGAUAAAGGAUUUUGCAGCCGUCGCCGUUGGUACUAAUCAGCGCAAGGGUGGUUAUCCUUGUCCACCAUAUAAGAUUAUUGUCUUGGAUGAGGCAGAUUCAAUGACUGAAGAUGCUCAGAAUGCCCUGAGACGAACGAUGGAAACUUACUCUAAAGUUACUCGGUUCUUUUUCAUAUGCAACUACAUCAGCAGGAUCAUAGAACCACUGGCUUCAAGGUGUGCAAAAUUCAGGUUCAAGCCAUUGUCAGAAGAGAUCAUGAGCAACCGAAUACUGUACAUUUGCAAUGAAGAAGGACUCAAUCUUGAUGCUAAGGCUCUUUCAACCUUGAGUUCUAUCUCUCAAGGAGAUCUUCGUCGGGCUAUCACAUACUUGCAGUCAGCGGCUCGAUUAUUCGGAUCUUCCAUUUCUUCAGAGGACCUGAUUUCAGUAUCUGGGGUUGUUCCAGCAGAGGUAGUGGAGGCAAUUCUGAAAGCAUGCAAAAGUGGAAAUUUUGAUUCAGCCAACAAGGAAGUAAACAAUUUCAUUGCAGAGGGAUAUCCAGCCUCUCAGAUACUAACUCAGUUAUUUGAGGCCAUUCUUGAAGAUGACAUAUCAGAUGAACAGAAAGCAAGAAUCGCCAAGAAGCUGGGAGAAGCAGAUAAGUGUCUGGUUGAUGGUGCUGAUGAAUACUUGCAGCUUCUUGACACAGUCAGCACUACAAUGCAAGCUUUUUGUAACAUGCCGGAAGGAUUUGCUUAUGGGAGUUAGAUAUAUGAUAGAUAGCUGGUUAAAUCUAGAAGGGUCAAUUAGAGGAUCUAUAUUAUGAAACUAAACUAGAUUUGGACUCGGUUUUUUACUUGUUUUGAAUAGUUCAUUCCUAACAUUUAUUAUAUG